ACCUUGGGAUGGUGAGCGCAUCCCUGGGAAACGGGUCUGGCUCCUGCGGUAGGAAGGAUGGCACAAGCGGCGCACUUUGAUGUUGAGACGAGCCGAGGAUAAACGAGCGUACAAACUCGGGAACCUCGAUACACAAAUAAGCAAACCUGGUUUAACCAAUUACGUUCUCACAUUAGUUUUAGGUGGAAAUAGAAAAAAAAACAUAGUUUUUAAUGGCUUGUUCGAACGGAGGGCGUCUGCUCGUGUUGUAGGCUUUCUGUAGGUGUAACCACGGCGGAAUCCCGCAAUCUGACGUCGCGUUUUCCCAAAGUGGGAACAUUUUGGAACCAGGAGAAGCGGAGGUUUCGGGGUUUAUUACUCAACAUUUUCUGAACUUCACCCGAGGCGUCGACAUGGGGGACUCGUCGGAGUGCGGCGUUAAAGUGAUGUGCCGAUUCAGACCACUCAACGACUCUGAACUCUCCAGGGGAGACAAAUAUAUCCCCAAAUUUAAGGGGGAGGAUACUGUUGUCAUUACGGGCAAGCCCUAUGUGUUUGACCGAGUCCUGCCCCCCAACACAGUCCAGGAGCAGGUGUACGACACCUGUGCCAAGCAGAUUGUCAAAGAUGUCCUGGGAGGGUACAACGGAACCAUAUUUGCCUACGGGCAGACGUCAUCCGGGAAGACGCACACCAUGGAGGGUAAGCUCCACGACCACCACGGGAUGGGCAUCAUCCCGCGAAUCGCCACGGACAUAUUCGACCACAUCUACUCCAUGGAUGAGAACCUGGAGUUCCACAUCAAGGUCUCUUAUUUUGAAAUCUACAUGGAUAAAAUCAGAGAUUUGCUUGAUGUGUCAAAAACCAACCUGGCUGUUCAUGAAGACAAGAACAGAGUUCCGUUUGUCAAGGGCUGUACGGAGCGUUUUGUGUCCAGCCCGGAGGAGGUGAUGGACGUCAUCGACGAUGGCAAGGCAAACCGCCAUGUGGCCGUCACAAACAUGAACGAACACAGCUCCCGCAGUCACAGCAUCUUCCUGAUCAACAUCAAGCAGGAGAACGUGGAGACGGAGACCAAGCUGUCGGGGAAGCUCUACCUGGUGGACCUGGCCGGAAGCGAGAAGGUCAGUAAGACAGGCGCUGAGGGAUCCGUACUGGACGAAGCCAAGAAUAUCAAUAAGUCUCUGUCGGCCCUGGGGAACGUCAUCUCUGCUCUGGCCGAGGGAACCAAAACCCACGUUCCGUACCGAGACAGCAAGAUGACCCGCAUCCUGCAGGACUCUCUGGGCGGGAACUGUCGCACCACCAUCGUCAUCUGCUGCUCGCCGUCCGUCUACAACGAGGCCGAGACCAAGUCCACCCUCAUGUUCGGACAGAGGGCAAAGACCAUCAAGAACACGGUGUCGGUGAACCUGGAGCUCACCGCCGAGGAGUGGAAGAAGAAGUACGAGAAGGAGAAGGACAAGACCCGGAGUCUGAAGAUCAUGAUCCAGAAGCUGGAGAAUGAGCUGAAGCGCUGGAGGAAAGGUGAGGCCGUUCCGGUGGAGGAGCAGCUGAGCAACAAGGAGAGCAAGCGUGGCGCUGGCAGCGAGGCCACACCCACUAUUGAGACGCUGGCCCCUCCCACCGCCCCCCUGGCGGACGAGGAGAAGACCCAGUAUGAGAACCUCAUCACGGAGCUCUACCAGCAGCUGGACGACAAGGAUGAUGAGAUCAACCAACACAGUCAGAUGUCUGAGAAGCUCUCAGAGCAGAUGAUCGAUCAAGAUGAGAUGCUGGCCUCCUCGCGCCGUGACUACGAGCGCCUGCAGGAGGAGCUGUCGCGCCUGCAGAGGGAGAACGACUCGGCCAAGGAGGAGGUGAAAGAGGUGCUGCAGGCCCUGGAGGAGCUGGCGGUCAACUACGACCACAAGAGCCAGUCGGUGGAGAACAUGAACCGCAACGCGGUGCAGCUCAACGAGGAGCUCAGCCAGAAGACGAACGACCUGCAGGGCGUGCAGAGGGAUCUGACCACACUGCAGGAGAUGAGCAGUCACCACAAAAAGAGAUCUGCUGAGAUCCUCAACCUGCUGCUCAGAGACCUCAGCGACAUAGGCAGCGUCCUGGGCACCAGCGACCUCAAAGCUAUGACCGAGUCGAGCGGCGUCCUGGAGGAGGAGUUCACUAUGGCCCGCCUGUAUGUCAGCAAGAUGAAGUCUGAGGUGAAGUCCCUGGUGAAGCGCAGCAAGCAGCUGGAGAGCACCCUGUCGGACACCUCCCGCAAGGCGCAGGCCAACGACAAGGAGCUGGCCUCCUGCCAGCUGCUCAUCUCCCAGCACCAGGCAAAGAUCAAGUCCCUGACGGACUACAUGCAGAACGUGGAGCAGAAGAAGAGGCAGCUGGAGGAGAGCCAGGAUGGGCUGAUGGAGGAACUGGCCAAACUUAAGGCUCAAGGGAAAGUACAAGAGGUGGACGUGAUUGACAAGGAGAAGGAGCACAUGGCCAUACUACAAGACGCCGUGGAGAUCAAGAGAACCCUGGAGGAGCAGAUGGAGAACCACAGAGAGGUCCACCAGAAGCAGCUCUCCCGGCUCCGUGACGAGAUAGAGCACAACAAGAGGAGUCUGGACGAGCUCCGGGAUCUGAACCAGGGCCUGCAGCUGGAGCAGGAGAAGAUGCACGCCGACUACGACAAGCUGAAGGCAGAGGAACAGGAGAAGGAGAGGAGGCUCCAGAAGCUCAUGUUCACCAAUGAGAAGAGAGAGCAAGCGAAAGAUGACCUGAAGGGUCUGGAGGAGACAGUGACCAAAGAGCUGCAGACACUUCUCAAUCUCCGCCAGCUAUUCAUUGAUGACAUGGGCCUUCGAGUGAGGAAUAGUGCAGAGAAUGACAGUGAUGAGGCGGGAGGAAGUCUGGCUCAGAAACAGAGGAUUGUCUUCUUGGAGAACAAUCUGGAACAGCUCACUAAGGUCCACAAACAGCUGGUCCGGGAUAACGCAGAUCUGCGCUGCGAGCUGCCCAAGCUGGAGAAGCGUCUGCGGGCCACGGCGGAGCGGGUGAAGGCCCUGGAGGGGGUCCUGAGGGCCGCCAAGGAGGGCGCCAUGAAGGACCGCAAGCGCUACCAGCAGGAGGUGGACCGCAUCAAGGAGGCGCUGCGCUCCAAGAACGUGGCCAGGAGAGGGCACUCCCAGAUAGCCAAACCUAUCCGUGCCGGCCAUCACCACCAACCACAGCCUUCCUCCUCCUCCUCCUCCUCUUCCUCCCCCUCCAUCCGUGGCAGCGGCGCUAGCGGCGGCAGUAGUGUUAGUCGAGGGGUCUCCAGCCCCCGUCACCACCACCCCAGUCAGCACCGAGCGCAGUCUCAGCAGCCCUACCCUCACCCCCAACAGCACCGCAGCAAGUAGACACACAGAUUGGAGGCAAAGCUGCUGGAUGUCCAGAUCCACUCUUCAUAACGGACCUUAUACUCCUCCUCAACCAGAGGAUUAUCAACGUUUUAUUUUGUAGGAUUUUUACAACUGCUGGGAAUUCUCCUCCCUUCACCAAUCUGCCUUUACUGGUACCACAGACUCCUCAUUCACAAUACAUUCCUUCUCCACUGCCCACAAGUGCUUUCCUCCUUACCUGUCUAUAAGCCUGACCUAAACCUUGUAUGUCUCCCUCCCUGUCUCUUGCCCCCUGUGGUUUCCUCUCUCUCCACUUUGUCUCUCUCCCUUGUUCCCUCUCUCUCCUCUAUCUCUCCCUCCCUUGCUCUCUCUUUCUCUCUCGCCCUCUGUUUCCUCUCUCAAUCUCCAUGGGUCUGUCCUGAUGUCGAGUGAACUUAGGUACGGUACAGAAACAAACUAAACAUAAAUAUUAGCCCAUUUAAAGCUGGCUUUACCAGCUACGUAUGAUUAUUUACAAUUCCUUUGCAAAAAAUAAGACAGAUAUAGUUGUCUGUUUCUAAGGAUAUAUGCCACUCUAGAGGCAGUAGACACUGAAAAUGUGUUCUGAUGUAUGUAUUCCCUUUUGUAUUUUGUUUUUAUUAUGUUUCCUUUUUCACAGCCUUAUUGUUAAGGUAGCACCUUUUAACAGAAUGUACUUUUUCUUUGUGGGAUUUUUUUUACAGAUAUAUAUAUCAGUCAGUGUUUUUUAUUCAUAUUUUCGUUUAAUAUAUUUUAUUUAUUGAAAGUUUACAUUUAUUUAUGUAUUUAUUUAGACAAUACACAAAUACAAAGUAAUUGCAAGGGAGAAGAUCAAUACAUAUUGUAAUUGUAUAUGUGUUUGUUUCUUGAGUGUGAAUCAAAGUGGAUAUAAGUAUUAUCACCAAUCUUAUAAGCUUUUGUAACUUUAUUUUGGCCUUUCUGAGCUCGCAGUCAUGUAAUGUAAGACCAUAACCUAAACUUCCCAGUAAAUAUCGUCGGUUAGGUUUUAGACGUCAUUCAUAAGGCCAUGAUGUGUCUCAUGCAGUAUUGUUAUUGACGAGAUUUCAGUUAAUACCUAACUGAAAUCUCAACUGAAUACGAUGUAAUGAAAAACAACAUCCGUUAUAUCUGCCUUGUAAAAGAGAUUCAAAACAACAAAGAAAUGCAGAAACAGAAUGUGUGAAUUAGAAACACACUGCACAAAUGCACAAUCAUGUCGUACUUGAUUGUGAAACAUGAUUUCAUCGAGAUCAGUUUGAUCCCAAAAAGACAAAAACAAUCAGACCUAGAUCUAUUCAUUGAAAAAGCGUGAUCUUUAUCUUUUAUAUUGAAACUCUCUACUCUGUCUGUACUUUUAAGACCACCCAGACACAAAUGGGUUCAGGGUUUUUUCAAUGUGCUGUUUCAAACAUGAAUUAUCCAAUUCUGACAUGUUGUGGUGUAAGGACU